AUAAAACAUACAGUUAGCCGUCAGUUCGUGCCCUCUACCAAGCAACAUACUGACGGUGACGACCAUAUUUUAGUUUCCUCCUCAGCCUAUCAACGAAGCAGAAAGAUGAAGCAACCAGGAAGUGUCCCAGCAAUCUAACCAUUGCUCCUGCAGGCAAUGUCUCUUGUGAAACUACCGGACACCACCCUGGGAAAGGCGACCUGGCUCUUAAGCGUCGUAGUUGUUGUCUUUGCGGUGGUUUUGCAUUACUUCGACGACCCUGAUCCGGUUAAAUACACCAGCAUGGCUGAGGACAUGAAGACCCUGGAGGAAAACUUCAGGCAGCAGAAUAAAAGCUGUUUCAUCCUGGGAGCCUCUGGGGAAACGGGCAGACUGUUGCUUCGAGAGCUGCUGGAGCGCAACAUCUUCUCCAAGGUUACGCUCAUCGGAAGGAGACAGCUCACCUUUGAGGACAAAGCGUAUGAAAACCUGGUUCAAGAGGUGGUGGACUUUGAGAAGCUUGAUGAUUAUGCUGCUGCCUUCCAGGGCCAUGAUGUUGGCUACUGCUGCCUGGGUACAACCAGAGCUAAAGCAGGGGCUGACGGAUUCGUCCGUGUUGAUCAUGACUAUGUUCUAAAAUCAGCGGAGCUCGCCAAGUCAGGAGGCUGCACGCAGUUCCACCUGGAGUCCUCCAGAGGAGCCGACAAAAACAGCAACUUCCUCUACCUCAAAGUCAAAGGACAAGUGGAAGCAGAUAUUGAGGCGCUGGGUUUUGACAGAUAUUCCAUUUACAGACCAGGGGUUUUGUUGGUCGACAGGCAAGAGAGUCGGCCCAGCGAGUGGCUGGCCAGGAAAUUCUUCGGUGCCUUGUCAACAGUGUGUACAACGUCCAUGUCCAUUCCCGUCCCAGUGCUGACUAAAGCGAUGGUGUCAAACACUCUGCUUCAACCUGAGCAGAAGACGGAGAUCCUGGAGAACAAAGCCAUCGCCAGUCUAGGCAUGAGUGCGGGGAAAUAAGAGAGAGCAGGAAAUACACGUAGAGAGAGACGACUACAUGCUGCAAAUAGUAAUCAAGUCAUCAUCAUGUCAAAGGAUUUUCACAUUCAUUUAUCCAUGAAUUUUGCAAUUGUCAGAAAACCCAGGGGUGUUCCAAGUACUUGAAUGUGGUAGAUCUGCUAGACUCUUUCUGGAGAAAACAACCUAUGAAGCUAACAGAAUAUUUAAUCUUGAAAUUGUAUUUGGGUUUUUAUUUCUUUGGUCUUGAAUGAUAUUGUAAUAUUUUCAUCAGGGAACUGUUGCCAGGCUUUUUGAUGUACACCAACCAAUGCACUGAACAACUGCCUUAACGUUGUUUUGAAAGUUUAAUCUACACAAGAUUAAAAUGUCUUUUUGGCUUCAACAUGUUUUCAUUAAAUUAUUAUAAAUAUUUAACUGUGUUUUGUAUCACUAUUAAUAUUGUGUCUGUAUCUGUGCUAUACUACAUCUGAGCAGAAUAUAUUGCAUGUAUAUACACAGUGUCUAUGCUAUGCUGUAUUACAGGUAAUAUAUAGCGUUUGUUAAUUUUAGAUUAAGAUUUGAUCUGUGACAUGCAGAUUCAGUGCCAUUUGAAUUAGGUUUUUUCGAUAAUGAAUUUUGUCUGCAUGGGAUUAAAGCUAAAUGGUGGUCUAACCAUGAUGAUGAUAUAUUUGAACCUGUGAUCCCUUAGUUCUUGUUUGGUUAAUUUGUUUUCUUUUUUUAAAAAGAUUAAAAUCAUCUCGGAACCUAGUUAAACAGAGCAUGUGCUAGCAAUGUCAGAUACUCAGAGUAUGAUGUAAACCCAAGUGAAAAUCAGCCUGAAGUAUAUACAGACAGAAUAAAGAUGUUGAGUGAAGGCAGACACUGACAGACCACAGCAUCACUAAAGAAAAAUGUAAUACUAUGAACAGAAGUUCUUGCCAAAUCUAAAAUAAGAUUUCUUAUUUUUUUAUUUUUUUAUUUUGUAGUUCUUUCAUUUCUGUUUUUACUUCUUUUCCUACUUAAAUUGUAUUUACCCAUUAUUGUGUUUGAGAGAUGAUAUUCAAAUAAACUUGUCCUUUCACUCCUUGA